AUGGAACCGCUGCACAUCCCCCUGGGGGACGACAUGCACUGCCACCUGCGGCAGGGCGAUAUGCUGAGCUUCACCGUUGGGGCAAUCAAGAAGGGAGGGUGCGACCGCGUCCUCGUGAUGCCCAACACCACGCCAAUUAUAAGCACCUGUGAAGAAGCCAAAAAAUAUAGAACUGAGCUAAUCAAGCAGGACCCUACUGUGGACUACCUAAUGACGUUAUACUUGAACACAAAAACAGAUUCAAAUGACAUCCUCAGAAACCACCAAGAAUGCAAUUUGCAAGGAGUUAAAAUAUACCCCAGUAAUGUGACCACCAACUCGAAUCAUGGAGUCACAACCUUAGAAACAUAUUAUGAAAUUUUCCAUACACUUGAAAAGCUAAACAAAAGUUUGCACAUACAUUGUGAAGAGCCCAAUGUGAAUCCAUUAUAUGCAGAAAGGAGUUACGUACAACAUAUUCAUGACUUGGCUGUCCAUUUCCCCCAUUUAAAAAUUGUCCUAGAGCACAUUUCUACGGCAGAUAUGAUACACCUGGUUAGGAUGUACCCGAACGUAGCGGGUUCAGUUACUCCACACCACUUGCAACUAACCAUAGACGAUGUUGUAGACACGCAGAACUACGAUUAUGCUCCUGAUGUGGUAAAUAUAGAAAAACAUAUAAAAAAUGUAUAUAAUUAUUGCAAGCCUUUGCCCAAAACGAUUGAUGAUAAGGUAGCUUUGUGUAAGAUUAUACAGGAAGGGUUCCCUAGGAUUUUCCUUGGAUCCGAUUCUGCACCCCAUUAUAAAGAGCACAAAAAUGACCCCCACUAUAAGCCAGGAAUAUACACACAGCCAUUCCUCAUGUCGUAUGUCUCUCACAUUUUUAACAAAAUUAAUUCAUUGGACAAGGUAGAAAAUUUUGCCUGUAAAAAUGCUGCAACUUUUUUAAAUUUAAAGGAGAAAAAAAUAGGCACAAAUGAACAGACCUUUUCUCUUUGUAUACAAAAGAAAGGAUUCAAAAUUCCUGAUGAAUAUUUUGGCGUCGUCCCCUUUUUGGCUGGACAAACAAUUGAUUUCACUGCGUCCUUUGUGGGUGCAGAUGUAUGA